AUGGAGUUAAGAGUAGGUGGUAAAUACAGACUAUCUAGAAAACUAGGUUGUGGAGCCUUCGGAGAUAUAUAUCAUGGCACAAAUAUCAAAACAAACGAAGAAGUUGCUAUUAAAUUGGAACCAGUGAGAACCAAGCAUCCUUAAUUGCUCUAUGAGACAAAGCUCUAUCGAAUUCUCCAGGGUGGAGUCGGUAUCCCUAAUGUUCAUUGGUUUGGAGUUGAAGGAGAUUAUAAUGUGAUGGUUAUUGAUCUAUUAGGUCCCAGUUUAGAGGACUUGUUCAACUACUGCAAGAGAAAGUUCUCCCUUAAGACUGUUCUCAUGCUUGCUGAUCAAAUGUUACAAAGAAUUGAGUUCGUGCACUCAAGACAUUUCCUUCACAGAGAUAUCAAGCCUGACAAUUUCUUGAUUGGUAUCGGCAAGAAACAACACUACGUAUAUGUGAUUGAUUUUGGUUUGGCAAAGAGAUUCAGAGAUCCUAAAACUGGAGAACACAUUCCUUACAGAGAUGGAAAGAAUUUGACAGGAACUGCUAGAUACGCCUCAGUUAAUACUCAUCUAGGAAUAGAGCAAUCUAGAAGAGAUGAUCUUGAGUCCUUGGGCUUCGUUUUAAUGUACUUCAACAGAGGUUCCCUCCCAUGGUAGGGUCUCCCCGCCAAGACCAAGAAGGAAAAAUACGAGAAGAUUCGUGAUAAGAAGCUAUCUACCUCUAUAGAAACCUUGACCAAGGGGUAUCCAGAAGAAUUCGCAAUAUAUAUGAACUAUUGCCGCUCAUUAAAAUUUGAGGAGAAGCCAGAUAUAGGAUAUCUUAGAAAGCUCUUUAAGGAUCUAUUCUACAGAAUGGGCUACGAAUACGAUUUUGUGUUUGACUGGAUGGUUAAAAAGUAGGGCCCUGCAGGCACCGGCCUAAAGCCAGGCGAAGAAGAAAAGAAAGAUGAUGGAGAUAUCGCAAUGCCAGAAUAAUAAUACGAUCGAUGA